UUGUCCCACAAUCCCUAGGUUAUAAUGAGAGAGAACAUAGGCCUCAGGGCAGAAGCAGCAGCCCUGUGGUUGGUGGCCUGCGGCUUGCCAUGGGGAACACCAUCAGGGCCCUUGUGGCCUUCAUCCCUGCUGACCGCUGCCAGAAAUACGUGGUCAGAGACCUCCAGGAGAUGCCGCUGGACAAGAUGGUGGAUCUGAGUGGGAACCAGCUACGCCGCUUUCCCGUGCAUGUGUGCUCCUUCCAAGAGCUGGUCAAGCUCUACCUGAGUGACAACCACCUCAACAGCCUGCCUCCGGAGCUGGGACAGCUACAGAAUCUACAGAUCCUGGCCCUGGAUUUCAACAACUUCAAGGUUCUGCCCCAGGUGGUAUGUACCUUGAAACAGCUUUGCAUCCUCUACCUAGGCAACAACAAACUCUGCGACCUCCCCAGUGAGCUGAGCCUGCUCCAGAAUCUCCGGACCCUGUGGGUUGAGGCCAAUUACCUCACCCAGCUGCCUGAUGUGGUCUGUGAGCUCAGUCUCCUCAAGACUCUGCAUGCCGGCUCCAACGCCCUGCGUCUGCUGCCAGGCCAGCUCCAGCGCCUCCAGGAGCUAAGGACCAUCUGGCUCUCAGGCAACCUGCUGACUGACUUCCCCCCUGUGCUGCUUCACAUGCCCUUCCUGGAGGUGAUCGAUGUGGACCAGAACAGCAUCCGCUACUUCCCCAGCCUGGCACACCUGUCAAGUCUGAAGCUGGUCAUCUAUGACCACAAUCCUUGCAGGAACGCACCCAAAGUGGCCAAGGGUGUGCGCCGCGUGGGAAGAUGGGCAGAGGAGACCCCAGAGCCCGACCCCAGGAAAGCCAGGCGCUAUGCGUUGGUUAGGGAGGAAAGCCAGGAGGCACAGGUACCUGCCCUGCUUCCUCCAUUUCCUCCUACCAACUCCUGAGGAGCUUCAGUUGUAGGUCAAUGCCAAGGACCCAACUCCAGCAUCCUCUGGAGACCUCUCCGUUAGAAUGCAAAGGACUGUACUCUAAUCGCCAAUGGGAGAUAGCAUGGAGUCAAAUGAAAUGCCUAACUCACACUAAAAAGGAAAUAUUCCUGGCCAACAUCUCUUCCAAAGGGAAGUUGCGUGCGCUAGGUAACCUGGGAACUUCUUUGCAAGAAAAUCAGCCUCUCCAAGUAGGUAUAUUAAAACACUGAAGAGCAAGAAGGGCUAGGACGCUCUGGUCUCCUCCAGUCUCCAGAAGUGGCUGGUCAUGAGGCUCCUCAGCCCCUCAAAUAAGGUAUUUGUUAUAGAACUCGCCUGGUAGUUCAGGUGCCCCGUCUCCAGACUUUUGCAGGAUAUAUUUCCUUACAAUGAAAAAUCAUCAACAGUAUGAAAAUAUUACUAAUUCAAGCCACUUAAAAAUGACAUGUCCACCUAGCCGAUCAGUCCCCUUCACAGAAAGACUGUUAUUGCAAAGGCUCAAGAUGAAGCUUUUCCCCUGCAGUUUAGUGGCUACUGAGAAGACACCCCUGCUGGAGAACGCCUCCUGGUGGAGUCCAGCUGCCACUUUAAACCUGACAGUGGUUCAUGCUGAUUGAGCUCAUUUUCCUUAGAAGAUGUGACCAAAGGUCUACUCCCAAAUGUUUACUGUCACUCUCAAUGCUAAAAGUCAUCUAGAAAAUACAACCUCUUUUUGGUAAUGUGGUUUCAUUAAAAUCAAGCCUAGUUGUAAUCCACUGCCUCAGUGUAGACAUGUUUAUUUUACAUUAACGAAUUAGAGCUGAAAUGAAUCCCUUUCCACACAGAGAAACUACAUUCCCAGCAUCAUAUUAGGUUAGAAGUUGUAGGUGAAAAAUCUGUUCACUUGAAACAAGCAUUUGGAAUUUGAAUUGCAUGUUGUGAUAUACAGUGUCUGGCUUCAGCUUCAGUGUCUCUGCUUUGUUCUGAUUUGAUUUUUGCAGUUAGAAAUUUUUGACGGUCAGUAUAUAAACCUAGGUAUUAGGGCUGCUAAUUCUUUGAAGUAUGUUAAUUAUGACCUUUUCUUCUCCCCAUAAAUACAUCAAGUGUAAAGAAA